AUGGUUCCUAAUGGGACGUACUGGGAAGGAGCAAGGGGAAGACGGCAAACUAGUAAAGUCCGUCUGCAGAGAAGCCACGCUGUUCCAGUCCAGAGCAGCUGGAAUUCCUUCAAUCCACCAGGAAAAUUUCAGCCCUGUCGAUUAAAUAAAAUUACAGAAAGCGUCGGAUACCUUACCGGCAACUCGGAUCGCAAACUGGCAGCCAGCCGCUCGCCCGCGCUUCGGGAACUGAGGGCGGGGGGGCCGGGCUGGCGUUUGCCGGGGCGGGUGCUGGAGCUGGUCUUCUCCUACCUGGAGCUGCGGGAGCUGAGGAGCUGCGCGCUGGUCUGUAAGCUGUGGCACCGCGUCCUGCACGGCGACGAGAACAGCGAGGUGUGGCGCAGCUUGGCGGCCCGCUGCCUGGCGGAGGAGGCCCUGCGCACCGACAUCCUCUGCAACGUGCCCACCUACAAGGGCAAGGUCCGUGCCUUCCACCACGCCUUCAGCACCAACGACUGCUCGCGGAACGUCUACAUCAAGAAGAACGGCUUCACGCUGCACCGCAACCCCAUCGCCCAGAGCACGGAUGGGGCGCGGACCAAGAUCGGCUUCAGCGAGGGCCGCCACGCCUGGGAGGUGUGGUGGGAGGGCCCGUUGGGCACCGUGGCCGUCAUUGGCAUUGCCACAAAGCGGGCGGCCAUGCAGUGCCAGGGUUACGUGGCCCUGCUGGGGAGCGACGACCAGAGUUGGGGCUGGAACCUGGUGGACAAUAACUUGCUGCAUAACGGAGAGGUGAACGGCAGCUUCCCCCAGUGCAAUAAUGCUCCCAAAUACCAGAUAGGUGAAAGGAUUCGAGUUAUCCUGGACAUGGAAGACAAAACAUUAGCGUUUGAGAGGGGCUAUGAGUUCUUGGGAGUUGCCUUCAGAGGACUGCCAAAAGUUUGCCUGUAUCCAGCAGUGUCUGCUGUGUAUGGUAACACAGAAGUGACUUUGGUCUACCUGGGAAAACCUCUGGAUGGAUGAUGUGGAUUGUUUCGUUGGGACAUCAAGAUGUGGAUGAUUGGGAGGAGAAAUCUGCAUGUUGGUUGGAGGGAAACGUGUAUUAAAGGAAAAACAAAAAAGUGUGGGUGUGUGUCCAAGAACCGUCGAUGGAAUUGCACGGAGUUUUGAAACGGAGGACCAGCCAUACUUCAGGAAUUGUGUUACAUUUCCUCUUUCUACCAGGCCAGAAAAAUCCUCAGGGUUGCAGUUGGUUGAGUGGGAAGCUGACACAUGCAUGUUGCAACAGAUUUCAUUGCUAAGAUGGCAGUGUGUGACCUCAAAUAUUUAAGAAAGGAUUUGAUACAAAACUGCUUGAGGAAAUUAACCUGAGAUUUGUAAGUAGCGUGUUUUGUGAAAGACUCCCAUUUUAAAACUGCUUGUUCCUUCCCUUCCCUCCUUUGGGCCAACGUGGGUACCGAAGGAGAAUGAGUCUGGUUGGGUUUUAUUUACAGUUUUUAACGUACUGAGAAGCGUGGUCUGUCUGGACUGCCCUUCCCUAGUAUAAUGAUACAAAAUGCGUGCAGCUAUUUUUAAGUGUAUUUUAAGGGUUGUAUAUAUAGAACAUGUUGAAAAGAACAGUUAAAAGAAAGGGUUUGCUUUAUUCUAACUUGGACGUAAUUUCUUAAAGGGAAAAAAAACCCCACUACGUGGCAUCAGAAAAUACACCUUGGACAGGUAUAUAACAUUCAUCUAAGUGUACUUCUUCUGUUGUAUUGUAAAGCAUUUUGGGAUGCUCUUGUGGAGUACGGUGCUACAUUGGGUCAUUUUCUGUGAAAGUUUCCAUAGCUUUAGCAACAGUUUUGUUCUCUGUAGGAAACAAAAUGUUUUCCCCACGAGUUUCCUUUCAGCAAAAUUUGUGGUUCCCUUUAGGAAAGGAAGGCACAACAUAGCAGUGAGCUUGUCUUCCUUUCGGCAUAAAAAAUACUAACUUUUGAAAGCAUUCUUACACUUUCUAAUCACUGCUGCGAAAUGUUUCAAAAUAACGAGGAAGGAGCAUUCAGUUUCUGAAUCCAGACCUUGUUUUUGGCUUAAAUGGCUUUAUAAGGCUUUAAGACUUGGCUGAACCUUUAAUUAAGUAAAAUCCCCCAGUACCCAAGUAUUCACCUGCCUGUUUUUAGUCUCACCAACCCUUUCAUGGGGAUUCUGGAUCAGGUUCAACGUUUGGGCUUUUCACUUGCACUGUUUUUUUAAAAACCACGUACAAACCCCUCGGGUGUGUCGGUGUGCUGUGGCAUACACAGGCCUGGGCGGCUGUGAAGCUGAUGGGUGUAGUAAGGAGGGAUCUUCUGGUGAAACAGCUUUCCUCUGAGGUUGAAAGUUCUGUAGGGAGCCCCAGAAGGGCUUCUUUUAAUAGGGCAUUAAAAUCUGUAAGCCCUGCGGCUAGCUCUUGACUCUUGUUUCUUGUUGGUUGGUGUUUCUCAGAGCUGUCUGAACUAUUUCAGAGUUGGGCAUGCUUUUCAGAGAGGGAGCAGUAAAUGUUUAUACAACCUCUUUUUGCUUUAUUUGCGUGAGAGAAUGUGAAUUGCUUAAUAUCGGACACUGGUAAUUCUCUGAACGUGGAAGAGAGAGGAAUUCCUCUUAGGCUGUUGCUCGUUUCCCCCACCCCUGCCCCAUUACUUGAGUAAUGCGAGGAGAGUGGUGCAAACAGAUGAGGGUGGCUCCUAGUCGCUGCUGCUGAGCUAUCCUUGGAGUGCUUUUUACCUAGUAGAUAACCAAGUUCUGCACUGGAACACAGUAUGUAUGUACAUCAUUACCAUUUAAGAGGAUUUUGAAGUAUUUAUUUGUUUUGUGUGUUUAUUGCUUAAAGGCAAUAUUAAGGUCCGUUCCUCUUGGCUGCGUUAAAGAAACAAAAUACGCAGUGAGAAAUUAAGAUGUUUUAAGUGGUGCUGAGAACAACCAAAUAAAUGAUGUGGCACGAGCAUACGAGUACCUUUUGGAAAAAUCUCUUAGAAGCAUUGAUUGUACUAGACUGUAAAUUAUGUAUCUGCAUAGCAGAAGUGUGGGGCAUGAAGUAAGGGGGGGGGGAACAAAACCCUGUCCAAUUUCAGAAAGUAAAAUUGUCCCCGAGAUGAAUGUAUUCUCAAUGCAGUCCUGAAAGAUGUGACCUCUGUAGCUUGUUCAUGAAUCCAAUUAGAUGCAAGUAAACCCUGAGAACUUCCGAGGAGUUUUAUUCACAAAUUAAGAUUGAUUUCCAUUCUUCAGGCUGCGUCUUACCCUAUAAAUAAUUUCCCUCUAAAUGAGAAAUGCUGAAAGUUGAACAUUCCUUAAGGGUGGGUUUGGGAGGGACUCACUUAUGUAAGAUUAUAACUUAUUCCUGGAGACCAAUGCUGGCUGUACAAAAUAUUAAAAUAAACUCUGCUAU